UACGAAAGUAUCCUAAAGCAUGCAGAAGUACAAAGGAAAAGCAAUGGAAGCCGAAACCGCAUCAUAAGAGGAUCCCACUGUUUAGCGUGCCAUCCGGAAAAAAUUAAAAACACGGGACAGUCUUGCCCAAAACUCGAUACAGGAGCAUUCAAUAGUCCAACGAUUCCACGCAAGGGCAGCGAGUCGAGCACGAGCAGCAAGGGCGUCAGCCGCGCCGGCGCCAUCCAUGCCUGGACCAAGUCCCUGACGAGGCACUCGUCGAAAUCGUCGCAGGGCGGCCACAAGCGCGCCUCCUCCACCGCCUCGUCGGCCUCCUGCGAAUUGGGGGAGGAGGCCGCCCAGGCGCUGGCCGCUCCCGCGCCGGGUUCCUCCUCCCCGACGGUCACUUGCUCGCAACCGACGCCCGUACCGAAAAAGAAUGCCGAAUCCCCGGCCCUUCCGCCGAUCAAAGGCAGCGUCCCGACGCCCGACGACCGUCCGUGCUCCGUUCUCGACAAAAUCGACGGCUUGGAGUUC